CCUUGCGACGUGGCAAGAUUAGUCUUCUUCCAAGCAUUUGUCUUCGAGACCAAUCACAGAGCGAGAGGUAGAAAGAAAACAAACGGCGACGCUGGUAGACCAGUAGCAAAUCCAGAAACAGAGAAGUAGGGGAGGAAAUAGAAAACAAACGGCGACGACGGUAGCUUGCUGACUUUACAACAAAAGAACGUAGAAAACAGACGGCGAUGGCAGCUGAGUUUUGCAAAAACCGCUCGUUGACGUGGAAAUCUCGCAUUUAUUUAUUUAAUUAUUUAUUUGAGAAAUUGCUUGAGAAAGUAAAGAUUUCUCUUUUUCAGCUGCGAUUCGUUUCGGAGGUUUCUGAAAAAAAAAAAAAACUUUAGAGUUUUGUAGAGGUUAGUGCCUUAUUGGUGGUGUUCUUCAGUAAUGCCUAACUCGGAGAUUGGAGAGAAUGGUCCAAGAAGGAGAUGGGGUUGGAUCAUUGGAGCUGUGAUAGCCGUCUUGCUUGCUACAGCAGCAACGUCCAGAAGCGCUCCGAAGAUCUCACUGUUUGGCCGGAAUAACAAGGAGUGCGAGUGUGCGGAUUCGCGGAAGUACACUGGCAUUGUGGAGGAUUGUUGCUGCGACUAUGAGAAUGUAGAUAGUGUUAAUAAGGACGUUUUACAUCCCUUGUUACAAGAGAUUGUCACAACCCCUUUUUUCCGAUAUUUCAAGGCUAAAUUGUGGUGUGACUGCCCUUUCUGGCCUGAUGAUGGCAUGUGCCGUUUGCGGGAUUGCAGUGUCUGUGAAUGCCCAGAAAAUGAGUUUCCUGAACCAUUUAAAAAGCCCUCUCAUCAUGUGCUUUCAUCUGAUGAUUUAAUGUGUCAAGAGGGAAAACCACAGGCUAUUGUUGAUCGUACCCUAGAUACCAAAGCUUUCAGAGGUUGGAUAGAUAUAGACAAUCCAUGGACAAAUGAUGAUGAGACUGAUAAUGCUGAGCUGACAUAUGUAAAUCUCCAGCUGAAUCCUGAACGCUACACCGGUUAUAGUGGACCAUCAGCUAGGAGGAUAUGGGAUGCUGUCUACACAGAGAAUUGCCCAAAAUACCCGUCUGGAGAGUUUUGUCCAGAAAAGAGAGUGUUAUACAAGUUGAUUUCUGGACUUCACUCCUCCAUUUCAAUUCACAUAGCUGCUGAAUAUCUCCUUGAUGAAGCUACCAAUCAGUGGGGUCAAAAUCUUGAGAUGAUGUAUGACCGGGUGUUAAGAUAUCCAGAGCGUGUCAGAAACCUGUACUUCACUUUUCUCUUUGUUCUCCGUGCUGUAACAAAAGCAGCAGAUUACUUGGAACAAGCUGAAUAUGACACUGGCAACCCUGAAGAGGACCUGAAAACACGGUCUUUACUAAAGCAGCUGCUUUAUAAUCCAAAAUUACAAGCUGCAUGCCCUUUACCAUUUGAUGAAGCCAAGUUAUGGCAAGACCAAAGUGGAUCGGAGCUGAAGCAGCAGAUUCAGAAGCAAUUCAGAAACAUUAGUGCAUUGAUGGAUUGCAUAGGGUGUGAAAAAUGUCGACUUUGGGGAAAGCUUCAGGUUCUUGGUGUAGGAACUGCAUUGAAGAUUCUCUUCUCUGUUGAUGACAAAUUAAACCAGCCCCUCCAGUUACAACGGAAUGAAGUAAUUGCUCUGGUAAACCUACUCAAUCGACUCUCAGAAUCUGUCAAAUUUGCUCAUGAAAUGGGGCCUGCAGCAGAAAAGAUAAUGGAAGGACAGGUUUCUGCGCCAUCUACCCCAAGCAGCACAUGGCAAAGAAUAGUGGCCUUUGUACACAAACAAUAAAUGUAGGAAGGGGAUGUUUUAGCAUUUGAAGAGUAGGUAGUCAGAAAAGUAAUAACCUCUAUUUUAGCAUUUGAAGAGUAGGUUGUUGUCAAUGGUAUACAAUGCUUGUGUAGAGCAUUCAAUGUAGGAAAAGGGAUGUAAGAGGCCUUGUAUGUGUUGGAUGCUAAAACUUCCAAGACCAUGUCAUAUGCGUGACAUUUCAUGCUUGUAUCAAUAAAGCCCAUUACCCAAUGUUAAUGCCUUAAUGGUAUACAAUGCUUUUACCAAUAAAAUGCUUGAAUUUUAAUGUUUCA